GUUACACUGACCAUAAUAACAAACUUAGGUGGUACAAAUACUAUUUAGAGGAGCUACCUCCAAUAAAUAGGGAUACUAUGAAGAAACUUAUUGGACAUUUAAAAAGUGUAUCUGAAUGUAGUAAAGAAAAUCGGAUGGUAAUAGAAAACUUAGCUGCUGUAUGGGGUCCAACUCUGUUAUCAAGUGGUGACACUUUUAAAGAUACAAACCAUGAGAUAGUUGUCAUUGGUGACAUCAUUAGGUACUAUGACUGGUUAUUUGGAAUUAGUGAUGAAGAAAAGAAGAAGAAACUUGCAAUUGAAGAAGCCAGGAAGAAGAUGGAAGAAUUGCAUAUGAAUCGGCAGCAAAUUCCAGAUAUGAUGUUCAGUGUAAAUCUUUAUGAGUUUGAUGGAACUUCAGUGAAUGUGAAGGUUAAUGGAACUACUACAUCUGAUAUGUGCAUAAAGCAAUUGUUGAAUAAUACGAAACUCGGGAUUGAACCUUGCACGAAUUAUGCUUUAUUCGAACUACUAUUUAAAGGCAGUGUUGUGAGACCUAUACAUGGAAGUGAGAAAAUCCUUGAUAUUUAUACCAAGUGGGGAGAGAAGGGAAAGAACAACCAGGUUUGUCUCAAAGAAAACCACGUAGUGGACAUGUGCAAAGCAUCUUCAUCAACGGCAUAUGGUAUGGUUAGAAUUUCUGACAAGAGAGCUUUCAAGAAGUUAUACUUAGAGCUUACUGGUAGAUUAUUAAGGCUAUACAAGGACAGUAAGUCUAGUAGUAGGCAUGAAUCUGAGUUAUCAUUGGACCAACUAUUUAUAUAUAUUGGUAUUGAUCCAAACAAAGCAACACCAACUAAUUAUGGAUUGACUUUUAGAGACAAAAAUGAUGUUAAAGCUAAUUUUAGGUAUAUAUGUUGUGAAAGUGAAUAUGAUUACAGAAGAUGGAUUGGAGGACUUUUUAAUGCCAAGUAUCCUGAUGGUUUCUCAUGUAAUCGUGAUAUAUCAACAGCAACACAAUCUCCUGUUGAUGGCAUGUAUGAGUAUGUUAGCUCAGGAGCAUGUAAGCCUGCAGUAAUA